AUGAUGAUCCCGGAAGCGAUCAAGGCGUUCCUUGCCGUGAAGCCGGCGCCGCCCGUCGACGAGGAGAAGGACUACGUCUUCGUCGGCGCCGAGAACCUGCACCUUCCGCCGCCGGCGCCGGUGCUCUCGGCCUCGGGCACGGGCGUCGUCGCCAUGAAGAAGCCGGCCAUGCAGCCCAUCGUCGAAGAUAUCCCCGAUGCGGACGAGGCCAUCCCAUAUAUGCCUAGCCUCGGGUCGUCGACCGAGAUCAAGAAGCUCGACGACUACAAUGAUACGAUCAACACAGCGCAGGCCUUCCUCGACUCGCGCCUGCUACAAUUCUCGACCUACAGCCUCAUGGGCGGUCUGACGGACUCGAUGAUGCUGCUGACACCGCGCCAGAAGCAACACGUGCAGCUUGUGACGGAAGACGAGGACUUUGUCAUGCCGUUUUCGCAGAAGAAGCACACGGUGGGCAUGGGCUGGUCCAAGUGCCCGAGCUUGGACCGUGAGAGCCGCGAGUGCUUGCGCCAGCUCGAAGAGCACGGCGUGUCGUACGAGCCCCACGACACGGCGUACAGCGUCAAGUAUCUCGCGCCGGUGCUGCCGUUCGGCGACUGUCUCUUCCUUAGCAUGGAGCAGCUCACGAUCCACACGGAAGGCGUCGAGCAUUUGUCGCCGUCGCGACUCCGCCACGAAGCCGCCAAGCAUUUUUACAUGCGGUACGCUUCGUCGUCGCAUGAAGAGAAGGCCAAGAUGGAUCAAACGAUCCGCAAUCUGUACUACCCCGACUUGCGGGGUGGGUGGGGCGUGAGCCCGACCCAAGCGCGCCGCUUUGUGGCACCCCGCGCGGACAAGGACUGGUUCGUCGCGCGCAUCUACGAGCUCCAAGACCGCGGGUAUUCGUGGACGAAAGCGGCGGAAAUGGUCUACUCGGAGCACGCGCAACCCGUGCUCAACGUCGAGACGUACUGCAAGUACAUGUGCGUCGGCAGCGACUUUGAUGCGAACGAGCACUUCCUCAUUUGCAUGACGUACUCGCGUCACGGCCUCGUCUCGAUCGACAACGACCCGGACAACCGGCGGUCGCUCGCGACGGCCUUCCAGCGCGAUAUCUUUGUCGUGCUCGUGGGCAUGGGUCAAAUGUUCUUCUUGCCGCACCGGCCACACGAGCUCGACCCGUCGCUCUCGCUAUCCCAGAGCCAGCGGCACACGGGCGAGAAGGGCCUCUCGCCGUGGUUCAUCCUCAUGCGCAUGACGGGCGGCGACCGCGGCGGCGACCAUUACGAGCCGAUGCAUUGCCAGCGGCUCCGUGGCGACGGCUACGAGCAGUUUGGCACGAUUGGCGAUAUGUAG